UCCCUGGAGGAGAAGCUGCGGAGCCUCACCUUCAGGAAGCAGGUGUCCUACAGGAAAGCAAUCUCCAGGUCAGGCCUCCAGCACUUGGCUCCUGUGCAUUCCCUCAACAUUGCAGUCUCCAAUGGACCUGUGAAGGAACCAAGGGCGGCCUUAGAGUGGACUGAAAAUGCUGUGAAUGGAGAGCAUCUGUGGCUGGAGACAAAUGUUUCUGGGGACCUCUGCUACCUGGGGGAGGAAAGCUGCCAAGUCAAAUUCUCAAAAUCUGCUCUGCGGAGGAAGUGUGCUGCCUGCAAGAUUGUGGUCCACAAUGCGUGCAUGGAGCAGUUAGAGAAGAUUAAUUUUCGCUGCAAACCGACUUUCCGAGAAGGAGGCUCCAGAUCUCCAAGAGAAAACUUUGUCCGACAUCACUGGGUGCACAGGCGGAGGCAGGAGGGGAAAUGUAAGCAGUGUGGAAAGGGCUUUCAGCAGAAAUUCUCCUUCCAUAGUAAAGAGAUUGUGGCCAUCAGUUGUUCCUGGUGCAAGCUGGCGUUUCAUAACAAAGUCACCUGUUUCAUGCUACAUCACAUUGAGGAGCCAUGUUCCCUGGGGGCUCAUGCUGCUGUCAUUGUGCCUCCCACCUGGAUCAUUAAGGUGAAGAAAUCUCAGAACUCAUUAAAGACUUCAACACGGCGAAAGAAGAGAACGUCUUUUAAAAGAAAAGCCAGCAAAAGAGGCAAUGAUGUAGGUAUUCAAGAUAACAAAGGUCGGCCAUUUGUGAUAAAGCCUAUCUCUUCUCCACUCAUGAAGCCUCUGCUGGUUUUUGUCAAUCCAAAAAGUGGAGGGAAUCAGGGCACCAAGGUUCUCCAAAUGUUUAUGUGGUAUUUGAAUCCACGCCAAGUCUUUGAUCUCUCUCAGGAAGGGCCAAGAGAUGCGCUGGAGCUGUACAGAAAAGUGCCAAACCUGCGGAUCCUGGCCUGCGGCGGGGAUGGGACGGUGGGCUGGAUCCUCUCCAUCCUCGAUGAGCUGCAACUCAGCCCCCCGCCUCCUGUGGCUGUCCUUCCGCUUGGCACUGGGAAUGACCUUGCCCGUACCCUCAACUGGGGUGGGGGUUACACAGAUGAGCCAGUGUCCAAGAUCCUGUGCCAUGUAGAAGAUGGGACCAUUGUCCAGCUGGACCGCUGGAAUCUCCAGGUUGAGCGCAAUCCUGAUUUGCCACAGGAUGAGCUGGAGGAUGGGGCACGUAAGCUUCCUCUCAGUGUCUUCAAUAAUUACUUCAGCCUUGGAUUUGAUGCACAUGUUACACUGGAGUUCCAUGAAUCUAGAGAAGCAAAUCCAGAGAAAUUCAACAGCCGAUUUAGAAAUAAAAUGUUUUAUGCAGGGGCAGCCUUUACAGACUUUCUGCAAAGAAGCUCAAGAGAUUUAUCCAAGCAUGUUAAAGUUGUGUGUGAUGGUACAGACCUGACUCCAAAGAUCCAGGAGCUGAAGUUCCAGUGUAUAGUGUUUUUAAACAUACCCAGGUAUUGUGCUGGCACAAUGCCUUGGGGAAACCCUGGAGAUCACAGAGACUUUGAGCCUCAGCGCCAUGACGAUGGCUACAUUGAAGUCAUUGGGUUCACCAUGGCCUCGCUGGCUGCUCUCCAGGUGGGUGGUCAUGGAGAGAGAUUACAUCAGUGCCGUGAGGUGACACUUUUAACAUACAAGUCUAUUCCCAUGCAAGUGGAUGGUGAACCAUGUCGAUUGGCUCCCUCACUCAUUCGAAUCUCCUUGAGGAACCAAGCCAACAUGGUGCAGAAGAGCAAGAGGAGAACAUCCAUGCCUUUGCUGAAUGAUAUCCAUAAAGUGCAGUCUGCUGACCUGAGGAGAGUCUCAGCUCCCCCCGAUUCCUUCACUGUUCCUCAUUCCAUCCCAGAUCGCCUGCGGAUCAGAGUGAACAGGAUUAAUUUACAAGAGUAUGAGGGGCUACAUUACGACAAGGAAAAACUCCGGGAAGCUUCCAUUCCACUAGGAAUUAUAGUUGUACGAGGAGAUUGUGACUUGGAGACCUGUCGUAUGUACAUUGACCGUCUACAAGAGGACCUACAGUCGGUAACUUCUACUACACAGAGAGUUCAUUACCAGGACCAAGAAAGCUCUUUCCCCAGAGUACUUUCUGUUCAGAGGCUAUCUCCUAGAUGGUGCUUCCUAGACGCAACUUCUGCUGAUCGCUUUUACCGCAUUGACAGAUCUCAGGAACAUUUGCACUUUGUGACGGAAAUUUCGCAGGACGAGAUUUUUAUUCUGGACCCAGAGCUGGUAAUGUCACAGCAGGUGGGGACGCCACCAGGAAUGCCUGAUCUGGUAGUGGAGCAGGCCUCUGGAAUAUCAGAUCGGUGGAACCCUGCAGUUCGAAAGAGGAUGCUGAGUGACAGUGGCCUCGGCAAGAUUUCCCCACACUACGAGGUACCUGACAAACAAAAGGACGCCAGCCAGACACAUAUGCUGCAGUCACCAGUCUCCUCAGAAGAUCAAGCACUUUUACAGGCAGUCAUAGCUGGUGAUCUGCUGAAGUUCAUAGAAUGCUGUAAAAAAGGAGCCAAUUUGUUAAUCCAAGGACCUGAUCACUGCUCCUUGUUGCACCAUGCUGCCAAGACUGGGCAUGGCGAGAUUGUGAAAUACAUCCUGGAGCAUGGUCCAUCUGAAUUACUGGACAUGACAGACAGUGAAACGGGUGAGACAGCAUUACAUAAGGCAGCCUGCCAGCGCCAUCGCGUCAUCUGCCAGCUCCUGGUGGAUGCGGGAGCCUCUCUGAGAAAGACGGACUCCAAGGGUAAGACCCCUCGUGACAGGGCUCAGCAAGCUGGUGACCCAGAUCUGGCCUCCUACCUGGAGAGUCGACAAAACUACCAAAUGGUUUCCCACGAGGAUCUGGAGACAGCAGUCUGA